CAGUGAUAUAUACAUGUAAAUAUGUGUUUAGAAUUGAAUUUACCUACAUACAUAAAUCUAUACCUGUAGAAAAAUAGGAUAUUGCCAAGACUUUUACCAUAGUUUAAAUAACUUGUAUGAUUGACUUCAUGCUGGUAAUCUGCCAGAAAUGUAUACAUGUAGCUCUCGUGUAUCUAAUCCAGGUACAUGUUUAGCCUCUUUACUACCGGGGCUAUGGAUAUAGGGUUUUAGUGCUGUUUACACUGUGAUGUAAUAAAUUCCUAUCUGUGACAGACUCCUGGGGCUCCACCCGCUCCUACCAUCCAGGUGUAGUCUGUUUGUGCAGCCGGUAACAGGACACAUGAGAACAAGUUCCCAAUACAUACAGCAUGUAUGAACCACUGGACUUGGUCAAAGUAAGAAAGGAUCAGCGUAGAGCUGCUGCUCUAUUGGGAUAUUCUGCAGAUCUUCAACUAGUAAGAAGACAUAGACACUCCUACCUACCAAGCAACUACUGGGGGAAGCCAAAUGAUGUAGCACCCAGUGUGAAACCAAACAUCUCUUUCAUUCGAGAAGACUUACAGGGCUUGUAUCUUCCAGCAAACAAAAGCCAUGGCAAUGAUGCCAAUGAUGUCAAUGAUACCAGGCAAAGCACAUCAGUUCCACCAAACAGCCCAGGUGUCCUUGGAAACCAUCAGGCAAGAAUUGCCAAGACAAGGAAAGGGAUUACCAUGAGUCAGCCACUGGCUGUUUUGAAGGAAACCCAACACUGCACUCAACAAGAGACAUGGAACAGUUCACAAAACCUCUCAGAAGAUGUUGGGAAAUCUGGUAGACGUCUGAGACUGGAAGCUGGUCACAGAUCAAAUACGUUCUCAAAAACUGACAGCUCUGAGAGACAUCUGUCACAGAGACUAAAUCCAUGGGCUCCUGGAGAUGGAAGAGAAGACAAUGACAUGUCCAACAACAAAAUACAACAGCAAGUGACCAUUCACAUCCCCGGUCAAGAUGGAUCUCAAGGUCAUGUAACUGUGAAAAAGCUAAACUAUGGAGGUGAUGUGUUACCUCCUCUUGUUUCCAUACACAGCUCUGUUUCAACAUCACGCAAUCCUCUGUCAAAAGACAAUCAUUUCCUUUAUCAUCACACUCUAGGAGACCAGCAACCAAACCUUCCCCACUCAGACUCCAACCUGUCCAAUGCCUCUGUCGCCCUUUCCAAGUCACCUCCAUUCCACGUUCUGUCUGUGGAUAGGAAUGGCCGAAAUGACCUGGUUGCAUCACCAGUGGACCCAAGCAGGAGCAGUAGACUUUACACAGGUCAUGUUAAGCCUAAGCGCUCAAAGCCAAAGGUACCAGAUUCUAAAACCACUUAUGGACAGUCCAGCAGCGAUCAGUAUCAGAACCUGGAAAGUUUUGGCAUAGUUAGUACCAAUGGUGACAGUAAUGAUAAUCCACCAGGUGUCUUGUCUGAGAGUGAUUACUCUUCAGUGUCAGCAUCACCAGGUCCAAGUCUUGAGGACACAGGUGCUUUCAGUGAUGCAUGGGAAGAAGAGAGUCUUACAGAAGCUGUGAACACUUUAGUACAGUAUAGCCCAGUCCCAGCUCCUCCAGUAAAGAUCCCUACAAUGACUCAGGUUGUACAGCGAUUCAAACCACUCAAGAAACCAAAAGUGGUUAGAUCCUGUGACAGCAAUAUAAAUAUUCACCGACAGGCUUACCUAGCCGCGCUAUCUGUGGCUCGAAGUCAUCAGAUGCCCAAAGACUUAUCCCUUCUGUCCAGACGUUUCACACGGCCAUUUGAGUUCUCCUACUUCCGACACAUUCCCCACCAGAAACCCUGUCGCUGUGUAGAAUGUCGUGAACAGCGGAUCAGUAACUCAGUUACUCCUAGAAAGGUUAAGGCUAAGAAACUUUCCCCAAUGAAGGCCAUAUUUGGUAAUGUUAGGGUGGAAGAUUAUUACCCUCGCAGACCUGUUGCUUGAAUCUUCCUGUAUCACUAGCUUGACAUUAUAUCAGUCCUCAUUUCAGUUUAUAAACUAGCUGUGUCUGUACUAAAAUGUAUCCAUUGAGCAGUGUUGAACCUGGACUGUUCAAAACAAGUGUAUUACAUAUCUAUAAUUUUUGUAUACUUCGCAACAUUCAUUGAACUGACUGUACUUGUGUUCCCAGCAAACUUCGUUCAAAUGAUUUCAUGUUUAAAACUUGUACAUUAUAGUUUGACUAGCUGAAUUCAAAUUAUGAGGAAAGAGAACCAUUGUCAAGUUUUAUCUCCUAUGCUGAAGUAGUAUAUUAUUAAAUAGAUCAUACCAAGGCAGGGGAAUCUACAAAAAACCUUCACACUGUGUGUCCUAGUGAUUGAAAAGUAAGCACCUUUAUGACUUGACCACAACCCAUUCACCUAAGGCCAAAUUGCAAAUAAUCUUGUAUCUGCAGUUUCAUAGUACUAUCCGAUCAGUAUCUGCAGUUUUAUGAUACCAUCCGAUCAGUAUCUGCAGUUUUAUAAUACUAUCCGAUCAGUAUCUGCAGUUUUAUAAUACCAUCCGAUCAGUAUCUGCAGUUCUAUAAUACCAUCCGAUCAGUAUCUGCAGUUUUAUAAUACCAUCCGAUCAGUAUCUGCAGGUUUAUAAUACCAUCCAAUCAGUAUCUGCAGUUCUAUAAUACCAUCCGAUCAGUAUCUGCAGUUCUAUAAUACCAUCCGAUCAUUAUCUGCAGUUUUAUAAUACCAUCCGAUCAGUAUCUGCAGUUUUAUAAUACUAUCCGAUCAGUAUCUGCAGUUUUAUAAUACCAUCCAAUCAUUAUCUGCAGUUCUAUAAUACCAUCCGAUCAGUAUCUGCAGUUUUAUAAUACCAU